AACUUGUAUUUUCUCUAUAUAAUUUAUAAAAUGUUCCUUCUACUAUUUUUUAUUGAGUGCAUGGUGCACCAUGGUGCACGGAUCUAGAACUUAAAUCUAGAUUAAUUAUAUAACGUUAAACGGUUUAAGACUUUAGGCAUUUCGUAACUUGCAUAAUAAAAUGUAGAUUAUUCCGUAAUGUUAACCCGUGUAUCAAACAGGCUAAACAACUAGUUUAAUUUCCAUAGCAAAACAAGAUAAAUAUAACUCCAUAAAAGAAGAUGUCCAAAUAGUUGGACAACCUAGCUACAUACAUUUGACAAAUGAGAGUGAGGGAUAGCACAAGUGGUUAGAGCUUCCCUCCCGAUUUUAGGAGAUCCUGGGAUCGAAUCUCACCCCGCCCUUGUGGCUCUUUAAACACCACAAAAAAAAAAAAAAAAAAAAAAAAAAAAAAAAACAUAUAUUUGACAAAUGAGUAACAAUAUAAUAUAACAAAAUUGCCAUUCUAAAACUAAUACUCCGUAAACCAUUUCUGACGUACAAUAACUUUCUGGUUUAAAAGUAGAAUAUAUCAACAUGCAAUAUGCCGGAUAAUUAAUGUUUAUCAAUGUGGACUCAAAAAUAAAAAAGACUCUAAGAGCAAGACGUAAAUUAAAAUUUAGACCAACAAAUACAUAAAUUAAAAAAGUCUACAGAGUAUAAUAAUGUAUGAAAGUGAUGCAUGAGUGCAUGACUAUUUGAUUAAUUUCUUAAUUAAUACUCCAUAUCCUUUUUAUUUUUCCAUUAGUCGUUUAAUAAGUUUAAUAAGUAAGAAGAACAAAAGGAAUCAAAGAGUUAAAUAAGUUCAUUAGUCGUUGAAAUUGUAUGUGAACUAACUAGAUCAUUAUCCUUGUUUAAAAUAAAAAAAAAAAAAAAAAAAAAAAAAAAACUAGAUCAUUAUCCUAUUCAUAUCGUUGGUUAUUCAAUAAUUAUUGCAUGAAUUAGUGAUAUAAUAUAAUCUCACCGCCUCUCAUGUCAUCAAAAAAAAAAAAAAUCCUCUUCAAAAAUUGUGUUUAAUUCAGACUUUUAUUUUUUUAUUUUAUUUUUAUUCAGACUCAAUUGCUUUAAAUGACUAUUUUUCCAACAAAACAAAUUUCAAUUUUCAGGGUAGAUUUCAGAAAGCAAAGAAAAAAGAGAAAGAACUAGAAGUAGAAAAUAAAAAUAAAAAUAAAAAAUGGGAGUCAAUGAUUUUCUUCAUAUGAAUAAAGGUGAUGGUGAGCUCAGUUAUGUUCAGAAUUCCUUUGUCCAGCUUAUUGUUUAAGAAUUUACUGAAUUUGGAGGCUUUAAAGAGAAAAGACGACAAUGGUGAGCCCUUAUGCUUCUUGAUGGGUGUUCCUGGCUCUUACUAUGACAUGCUUUUUCCUCGCAACAGUUUGCACUUUGUUCAUUCUAAUUAUGCUCUUCACCGGUUAUCCAAGAUACCACCAGGACUUUAUGAUGACCAAGGUAUGCCGAUAAACAAGAAAAACAUUUAUACAGCCGAAACAAGUCCUAAAUCAGUAGCAAAAGCUUAUUGGGAUCAAUUUGAACAAGACUUCAACCUGUUUCUGAAAUGUCGCUCGAAAGAAGUUGUAUCCAAUGGAUUUAUGCUCUUAACUCUUACUGGCUCACCAUGUUCUUCUACGAAUUCAUCGAUUUGGAGGUCGUAUGGGUUCAAUCUAUUGACUGAGGCCCUUCUUUGUCUUGUUUCAGAGGGGUUAAUCAAGGAAGAGAAGCUAGAUAAUUUUGAUUUCCCUUGCUAUCUGGCAAGCACAGAUGAACUUGAAAUUAUAGUGCAAAAGGAAGGGUCAUUUGUUGUUGAACAUUCAGAGACAUUGCCACUUGAUAUUGCACCUGAAAUUGAGGACAAAUGGGAAAGAUCUCAGAUAGUUACCAACUUCAUUAGAGCAUUUUCGGAAUCAGUACUUUCCCAUCAUUUUGGAGACGAAAUAAUCACCCCUUUCUAUGAAAAAUUCACAUAUUGUGUAUUUCAACAUUUGGCUCAAGAUAAGCUUCUUCAGCACUAUGCUGUCACGGUUUUACUUAGAAAAGUAUAAGCGUUAUAAAAUGAACUGAAAUAAAUACUCCCUUUGUUUCCAAAAGUUGUUCCAGCGUGGAUAGUGAUUGUCUCACAAUAAAAGUCAAACAAAAACUUUUAGAGAUAGAGGAGUGUCUCUUUUCGACCAUUUGUGUAUGUUGAUUUGGUUUAUCAAGUGUAUUGUGCUGGUGUUGGAUCCUUUGGCAUCGAUUCAUCAAUGUUUUGAGGUCGUGGAGGAGUCCUUGUUAAGAAUGAAAAGAAGAAUCGGGAAGCUUUAAGUUUUACAGUAUACAUAAGAGCAUCUCCAAUGGUAAGCUACAAAGGCUUGUAGCUUGCUUUGUCAUGUUAAUUUUUAAGGCUACAACCUAUUUAAGCUACAAAGUACUCCAAUGGCAAGCUACAAGAAGUUGUUGCUUGAUUUGCCACAUCAUUAUUUCAAGCUACAAAGUACUCCAAUGGUUGGCUAUAUAAUUUUGUAGCUUGCAUGUAAUACUUUAUUUACUACACUAUAUGAGCUGAAAAUUUCAUUGCUAUUUUACUUACUUUUACCAAAAAAGUUCUAAUUUAUAAUAUAAUUUUAUAAGUUGUGCCUGCUAUCAAUAUUAAAAUUUAUAUGCAAUAAUUUAUAUAAUUUCAUAUAAGUUGUUUUGUACUCGUAUUAUAAGACGACUUGCUUGCGAUUUAAUUAUUUGAGCUUGUACGAAGUAUUUAAUA